AUGGUCAAUUCAGAAGAGUCAUGCAGUUUUGAGUGUGUUGAGGAAGAGAAAUGCAUUUCUUACAACUUGAAAUCUUCGCCAAACGAAACUGAUGACUUCAAGUGUCAGAUAAGCACUUCUGAUCGCUUCGUUAGUGUUACUAACUUUACAAACCACGAGAAAUUUAAAUACGUGGGAUGCAGGUGAGUAGCGGGAAUAAUUUUUUAUCCUUUUUAGUUCGUGGAAAAGUGAGUAUUCAUAUAUAACUUAAUUAAGGCCUGUUGCAAACGUCGUGCUAAUACCGUGCUAAGCUGGCUAGACUGUAGCUCGACUGCAGCACGACACUCGAACGACUUGGUUUCAGACGUCGAAUUUAAUUCAGUCGAAUAGAACGGCUGUUGCCGAAAACAAAACACAAAAAUAAAGAAACGGUUUGGCAAACUUUUAAAUGUGCUCCAAUGUACAGUAUUUAUAAUUUAUGAAUUUAGUUCGGCACGGCAGCAGCACCACUUGGUUUCAAACGCCGCGCUACUGCCGUGCUAAAGUCCAAUUUAAUUCGAUCAAUUUAGUUCGGCACAGCAGUGGCACGACGUUAAAAACGGGCCUAAGAAUUUGCCAGUACAAUGCAUGGUUUCUUCCCCAAGAAGAAAAGACGUAAGACCUUAAAGAAGUGCUUUAUACUCCUUCCCUUUCAUUUUCAUUUCUAUUUCCUUCUUUUUUAUUGCUUUUUUUGCCUGUCUCGCUCACUUUCGUUGAGACCGUGUAGUUAGUAAUCUUUCACUGAGCAACUGCAGACGGAGCUAUCAAAUGAAGAAACGCAAACUACAGUGCGUAUAAGGAAAACUGACAAGCUCAGUGUAUUCAGCAAACCAGCAAACCAGCAAACCCCUGCAGCAAACUAAAUUUCUCUCAGAGUAGGAGAGAGUCCUUUAACAUCUGUUCCUUUGACUUCCUACUUUUUUGCGUCCCUAAAUUGCCGUGGAAAUUAGAGUUUUAAAUCAUGACAGAAAAAUGGAACAAAAAACCUUGAGUUGAUAAAAAUUCCCAACUCAAAGCACAUCCUAACCUAAAUCACGGAACUCGCACGCCAAUUCGUUUGUAUAUCUAUAAAAGAAAAAAGCUUCUUCUACUAAACAUUUUAAUUCAGUAAUAAUUGUAUGAAGAGAAUGUAUGAAUUUUACCCUUUUUUGGGAAAUUCUUUUUCAUUAUCAGGAUGUUUUUAAAUGCUUGCCAAUUAUUUUAUAUAUCGGGGUAUUAAACACUUGUCAUUUUCAAGAACAGAAGCAAAGACUUAUUUCGUUUAAGAGACUGCAGCAGGUACUGCUUCACCAUACCAAGUUCUAUGUGGCAAGGUGAGAAUGCAGCGAGUGAUUAAUGAUUUACUGGAAAACAGUGGCACGCAGUAGUAUUAACCAUCGACCAAGGCUGAUGACACUUACUCUUCCGCAUAUCACAAAAACCUUAUCCCUGUAUUCUGUGGGUUUUGUCAAACAACACUCAUUACAGAUUCUUUUUCGAACUAUUUUUGCUGCAAUCAAUGUAUGGUUAUUUAUGGUAUGCUAUCUUAGAGAUCCUUCAAAUCGCGCGUCAAACCAGCAGCUGUUUCGUGGUGCCUUUGGUAAAUUAAGGUAUAUUGCCCCUUUCUUGCGCAAGUAUCGCAUUGGUUGCAAAACAUGGCAUCUGCUCAUCAAAAGCCAAUGUUAUUAACAGGUACUCUAUUUUCCUUAUAAUCUACCGGUAUGUUUCAUUGGUGCAGGUGCGGUAGUGCAAUAUUUGUACUAACUCAAGUUUUGGAUGCCUGUUUUUUUGGGAGAGGAGGGGAGGGGGGGUGGGGAGGUGUUAAAAAACGUUUUGUAUCGAGAGGCUCUGCCCUGACGUCCAACACCGUACCUUUUAUAUACUACCGAAAACCGAAUUAAAUCACAAUGAAAAAUAAAAUUAUCGCAAAAAAAAAAAAAAUACUACACGACGUAUAUAAAUUUACGGCUCUGGAAAUUUUCGUGACCUCCUCUUUAAAUAUGGCUGGGAAUUAUUUUUCUUGAUUAUUAUAUUUUGCUCUGCAAUAUACAGAUCGGUACGUUCGCAGACAUGGACACUGAUCAUUGUCGUUCGUCUUCCCUACCAGAGGUGCGAAUUCCUCGAAAUGCAGCCCGUGCUCAUUUCGUAGUCAUUAACCAAAGCGCUCGACAGUUCUGUCUGAGCUCUGAUACAAGGUAGCUUGCAAUUCCAUUACCUUUUUCUUGAAUUUGAAGCAACGUACCGCAGUUAAAGCCGUUGAAGAUGCAUUGCAACACAUCAAAAUGUAUAUAACAGCAGGAGCUUGAGCCAAAACUGCCAAGGGAUAUUAUGUCGAGGAACCCUGAAGUCAUUCAAUUUCGAAGAAAGACUUGCAGAAAUUCAUAGUGCUUCUAAAACUAAAAAACUCUCCUCCCCCCAAUGUGGCUCGGGUUCAAAUCCCAGCGUGAUGCCAUAUGUGAGAUGAGUUUGUUGCCGGUUCUCUACUUUGCUCCGAGAGGUGUUUUUUUCUCCGUGCACUCCGGUUCUCCUCACUCCUCAAAAACCAACAUUUCCAAAUUUCAAUUCGACCAGGAAUAGCUGUGCUGCCUCCAACUCGUUAUUUAUUUAUUUAUUUCAGUUAUUUAUUUAUAGUUUUUUUUGUUGUUUUUCUUACAGAGCACCUGUGAAGUGGAUAGCUCCAUCUGCGAUGACAAUGAAGUGUGUAUUCCAAAUUACCAAGAUAACAAUGUGCGAUGUGUUUGUAAGGUUGGAUAUACAGGAACACCUUGCAGUAAGUUACAUAAAAAAUAUGGCUAUGUCAUAAACUGUCUGUGACUAGUAACUGCAUAAUGACAAAAAACGUAGAUCCCUUCUCACCUUCAGUUUUAAGGGUGUUGUACUCAACAGGACGGUAGACGGUAAGACGUUUGUGUGUGAAAAACGUAACAGGGCUGUUACAUGACUGUCUUGAUGAUGAUUAGAUAACUGUAAAUUGUUUGACUUGGCACUUUUUCAUGAAGCGAUUCAAAUUCUUCACACUUCUCAUCAAAUAAAACUACUUUCUAAAGGGUAACGAGUAUUUCGCAAUAGUAAAACUUACUGACUUUGUCUUCUACAGUAAUUCUCAUUAUUCAAGUACAGCAAACGUCCUUUCCAAGCCAUGCAUCUCUCGUGUGUGUGAAAAACGUAACAGGGCUGUUACCUAAGUGUCUUGAUGUGAUUUUCACUCAUAAUAACAUUAAUGUUAUCAGGUCUUUAUUUCCAAAAAAUCUGUUAAAGGAGGUGACGUUGACCAAACGAUUUGUUAAACAAAUUAUUGUCGCGCUUAAGUUCUUUCACACAAGGUUUGCCGUCUUCUUUCCAUGCCACUCACUUCUUGUGGCGUAAAUUCACUAUUGUCACCCACUCCGACUCUGUGGGACUAGGGACGCUAAGGCCGUAACAGAUCUCUGGUAGUGAAUACCCCCUAGGAGAAAAGCUCAUUUAAUUCAGAACUAAGUUACAAACUACCCCAAGUAGACAGAAGCACAGCAGUCCAGCUCAGGCAAAUUCCCACACACAGUGUUGUAGUUUGUCCCUGAAAAGUUGGAGGAAACACAAUGAGACAAUUACAUUCUUAAUCAGGCUACCUUAAUGUGGGUACAGCAUGUGAAAUUAUAUAAUGUGAUAGGAUGAUCGUUUUUGAAGUUUGCUGACACCCAUGUUUUAAAUGACCAGAGCCUAAAUACUGCGCCCAGCUCCUUAACGAUGGUGUCACAUCCAGUGGUGUGUAUACCAUUAAUCCAGACGGCGGCACACCCAUCCCAGUGUUUUGUGACAUGGCCAUUGAAGGCGGAGGCUGGACCGUUUUCCAGAAACGUUUGAACGGUUCUGUUGAUUUCUACCUUAACUGGACUUCCUACAAGAACGGUUUUGGGGAUCUCAAUGGCGAGUAUUGGCUUGGAAACGACAAUCUUCACCGUUUGACAGCUGGUGAAGAUGUUAUCCUGAGAGUCGACCUGGAGGAUUUUGAUGGAAACAUUACUUACGCCGAGUACACAAUUUUUAAAAUAGCAAACGAGACGGAUAAAUACCGUAUUCUGAUUGGAGCAUAUAACGGAACUGCUGGGGACUCGUUGAACUACCACAAGUAAGGCUAAAAUCUUAAUAAAUUGUAACAGAUUUAUAAGCAUUUAAUUUAAAGGAAGGUAUAGGUAGGGGGGUGGGGGUGGGGUUGGGAUUGGAGGUGGCAAGAAGUUGUACCGAGGAGUUUGGAGACAACAGGAUGUUCAUGGUAAUGCUAUAUUCUGUAUAUGAGCAUCAGCGGCUUAUGAAAAUUUCGCCCAAAGAUGCAGCGCAAAGGCUAUUUAAUCUUCAAUUUACCAUAUAGCUAGCUUACAAAGAGGGGUACAAAUGAUUCACACCUCCCAACCACUCAGUGACGGCCCGAUGGUAUAGUGAUGUAUCACUACUAUGGUCAGGGGCAUCCAACGGCAAUUUUCGGGAAAAUAUCUGUUCGGAAGACGAUUUGAGAUCUAGAAUUUUCGGAGCAUUUGUUGUAAAAUUUCUUGCUUGCCUGCCUCUCCUAGGAUUUUCGAACAUCUACAAAAUGGUAUAAUUACCCAUUUUUAACGGAUUUUGACCCUAAAAAAGGCCACCUAGAAUUUUCGGGAGCCUUUUCCUGGCUGAAAUUUUCGAAAAGGUAAGUUUUGAUCCCUAUAAUUUUCGGAUCACUAGACUUUCAGCUAGGAAAUCCGAACAGAUGAAAAGUUUUUAGGGGAUAAAAAUAUGCCUAUAUCUACCGUUUGAAUACUAAAAUACGUUCAACAAUGCUAUGUUAAGUGGUUUUGAGCUAUAUCCUCGUUGGGUGCCCCUGUAUGGUACAGUGAUGUAUCACUAUACUUCCUCCUGAAUUUACCUUUCUUUGCACCAACAUUUUUGAAAAAAGCUCAACCUGGAAUGACACUUUAAGUAAGCCACUUAGACUUGUUUACGAUUAACAUUUCAUUUAUUCUGCAUGAAAAUUAUAAGCAACUACAUCUUUUCAUCUAGUGCAAAAACCUCGUUUUUUAUUGCUUCCAAAGAGCUGAAAAUUGCACCAAUUGCUCAAAGUAACCAAACUCUAUCAUUCAACUUUUGAAUUUAAUUUGUGCAUACGGUGACGACGUGUAUGCUAAUGAGCAAAAAUGUUAGCAGUGACGUUAGCAAUCGCUCGCCUAUAUCCACUUUAACAUGCGUUCGUCCCUAAAUUAGUGACAAUUUCACUUUCUUUUUCCCUUCUUAGCAAUAUGAAGUUUUCCACUAGAGAUGAAGACAAUGAUCGUAGUGGUGGUACUGAUUGUGCUGGGAUGCACAAAGGCGGCUGGUGGUACCAAAACUGCCAUACUUCGAAUCUGAAUGGCUUAUAUCUCAAAGGACGACAUCCCGAAGUACCUGGUGGAGUGGCAUGGUUGUACUUCAGAGGGUAUCGAUACUCUUUGAAGCGUACGGAGAUGAAAGUGAAGCCUAUCAUUUUGAAUUAACUUAACAUUUGAUUUUUAACUAAACAAUUUGUCCAAUCAAAGGUCAAAAGUGUUAGGUCAGAAAGGGAGUCUCCCAGUCUUAGAGAGGGCUACCCUUCCCUCGUUGUACAAUAGACGUCUUCAAGACAUUGUAGUACUGAUGUAUAAAGUCAAGUAUGUCUUGUGCCUGAUAAUAUUUCCAACUUAUUCGUUCGUAAGGAUUCUGCGCAAAAAAAAGGGAAGAUAAAAAGUUCAGUUCUUAUUUUACGUCGUUGGUUUGAGGCAGGCUUAUCUGACCCCUCAACAAUCCUGAAGCCGACCGUGCGUUCUUUUUACCCCUCCCUCUCCAUCAGGCGUCCGUUUUACCAGUGUUUUUAAGCUAUAUGGAAAGGAAACAAGUGGGAAUCGAACGCGGAAUUUCCCAAACGCUCGCCUCCCUCUCCCUCUCCAUCAGGGGU